AUGGCAGACCGCAACCCGGAAUUACAGCAUGCGUUGCAUAAUCUCGAUCGGGAACUGGAGGAUGGUGAUAUAACACGGAAAGGGUAUCAGAAACGACGCACUGUUUUAUUCUCGCAAUACCUUGGAUCAGACUACGAUGCGCUUCAGGGCCCGACGGUAAACAUCCAUGGUCCACUGGCCGAUGCCUCGUCGGAAAUAUACCCAAGCAUGGGGAGUGAUGGCGGCUCAUCAGGAAUGCCUCGACAAGAUUCUCCCGCGCUCCAAUUACCAGACCGCGCAGCGUCCAGGGCAUCCGUUGAUUCCCUCUUCCUUCCGAAACAACCUCAACAGCCUCCAGUGGGUGUAACUCUCGAGGACUCGAGGUCGGCGACUAUGGCCAGUCAAAACUAUGCGUUCAAUCCGCAUACACAAUAUGAACAGAGACCACCAUCAAUCUACGAGCAAGGUUACUAUGAGCCUGACGGCGUGACUCGGCAAUCCACCCUUGUCGACUCGCAAGCGUAUUUCUCGGACUUCGCCGGCCACCAAAAUGACGAUUACAGAGACAGCUAUGGGGGAGGUUUCCACCGUUAUUCGCAGUCGGAUGCCUUUUCACCAACGGCAAAUAUAGCUCCACCGUUGAUGCCCGCGACAGAGAUUUCGCACGGGAACAUGCUCACCCAUCUCAUACCUCUUGAGCCACGAGAUGUGCCCUUUGCUGUCCACGACCCGCAUGACCCUAGCACUCUCAUGUCCAAAUUUGACAACCUACCCGCCGUUUUACGACAUCGCGCCAAAAUUCAUGCUAAACAACCUGCGUAUUGGGUCAUGGACCAGAAAGGAAAAGAAAUCGCAUCCAUUACCUGGGACAAACUUGCAAGCCGCGCCGAAAAAGUUGCCCAAAUCAUUCGCGACAAAAGUAGCCUAUAUCGGGGCGAUCGGGUAGCUUUGAUCUAUCGCGACACGGAAAUAAUUGAAUUCGCUGUUUCUCUGAUGGGUUGCUUUAUUGCGGGUGUGGUUGCAGUCCCGAUCAACAAUAUCGAAGACUACACUAGCUUAAAUGUGAUUCUCACAUCAACGCAGGCUCACCUUGCUCUAACUACGGAGAAUAACCUGAAGAAUUUCCAGAGAGACAUCAGUACUCAAAAGCUACAGUGGCCACGAGGCGUCGAAUGGUGGAAGACCAAUGAAUUCGGCAGUUAUCAUCCUAAAAAGAAGGACGAUUUCCCACCUCUCGUUGUCCCUGAUCUUGCAUAUAUUGAGUUCUCUCGAGCUCCGACGGGAGAUUUGCGCGGGGUGGUCAUGAGCCACCGGACAAUUAUGCAUCAAAUGGCGUGUCUCAGUGCUAUUGUGUCCACUGUGCCCAACGACGCUAAAAAUGCAGCCCAGCAACAGGCACGACUAUUGGCUCAUGGUGAAACAAUGUUCAGCUAUCUUGAUCCAAGGCAGGGCAUUGGUAUGAUUUUGGGCGUUUUGCUAACCGUUUAUGGUGGACACACAACAGUUUGGUUGGAGGCCCAGGCAGUAGAAACACCUGGUCUUUAUGCUCAUCUUAUAACGAAAUAUAGAGCAACCAUAAUGGCUGCCGAUUACCCGGGACUAAAACGUGUUGCAUAUAACUACCAACAAGAUCCACUGACUACACGGCAUUUUAAGAAGAACGCGGAACCCAAUUUCUCCACAGUCAAACUUUGCUUGAUUGAUACACUUACGGUUGAUUCCGAAUUUCACGAGAUCUUAGCAGAUAGGUGGCUGAGACCUAUGAGAAAUCCACGAGCCCGAGAAAUCGUUGCGCCAAUGCUUUGUCUGCCGGAACAUGGAGGCAUGGUAAUUAGCGUUAGGGACUGGUUGGGGGGUGAGGAACGGAUGGGAUGUCCUUUGACGCAUGCGUUUGAACCAGAGAAGCCCAAGGAAGAUGAGGCAGCAAAGAAAAAGAACGACAACGAUGGCUUCGGUAGCAGUCUGAUUGGAGGAACGCCAGUAACAGCGCCAAAAGAGAUUACCAAGACUGAACUAGCCGAAGUCCUUCUUGACAAGGAAGCUUUGAAAUCCAACGAGGUUGUGGUAUUGGCUAUGGGAGAAGAGGCAAGAAAACUUGCUGAAACACGUCCAAAUAGCGUUCGGAUCGGUGCCUUUGGGUAUCCUAUUCCUGAUGCUACCCUUGCAGUCGUUGACCCUGAGACCAAUCUUCUUUGCUCUCCGAAUAUAAUUGGAGAGAUAUGGGUUGAUUCACCGUCACUCUCUGGAGGAUUCUGGGCUUUGCCCAAGCACACAGAAACAAUCUUCCACGCUCGACCAUACAAAUUCGAGCCAGGUAAUCCCACACCAGUAUUGGUGGAACCGGAAUUUCUUCGCACUGGCCUCUUGGGUUGUGUCAUCGAAGGCAAGAUCUUUGUACUUGGUUUGUACGAAGACCGACUCCGACAAAAAGUUGAAUGGGUCGAGCACGGCCAAGAAUUGCUCGAGCAUCGUUACUUUUUUGUGCAACAUCUCAUCAUUAGUAUCAUGAGGAAUGUUCCUAAAGUUAAUGAUUGCUCGGCUUUUGAUGUUUUUGUGAAUGAAGAGCAUCUGCCGAUUGUCGUUUUAGAGUCCUACACUGCCUCUACGGCUCCAGUGACAUCUGGCGGCCCUCCACGUCAAUUAGACACUGCACUUUUGGAGUCCUUGGCAGAGCGAUGCAUGGACGUUCUUUACCAUGAGCAUCAUCUUCGUGUUUACUGUGUCAUGAUUACUGCGCCGAAUACUUUGCCACGAGUGACAAAGAAUGGCAGGCAGGAAAUCGGUAACAUGCUGUGUCGAAGGGAGUUUGACAAUGGGACCCUACCGUGUGUUCACGUCAAAUUUGGGGCAGAGCGCGCCGUUAUGAACUUACCACUCGGAGUUGAUCCGGUUGGGGGUAUGUGGUCUCCAACGUCGUCAGCAAGUAGACAAGAAAUUCUUGCCUUGGAAGAGAAGCAAUAUUCGGGUGCAGACUACCGUGAUGUUGUCAUGGAUGAUAGGACUUCCACGCCUCUUAACAAUUUCACAAACAUUGUGGAUUUGUUGCAAUGGCGUAUCACCCGACAGGCUGAGGAGUUAUCUUACUGCUCUAUUGACGGCCGUGGCAAAGAAAGCAAAGGCAUCACAUGGAAGAAAUUUGACACAAAGGUUGCUGCAGUUGCUGCAUAUCUCAAAAACAAAGUCAAAGUUCGACCGGGCGAUCAUUUAGUCUUGAUGUACACUCACUCGGAAGAGUAUGUUUAUGCAGUGCACGCCUGUCUCUGCCUCGGUGCGGUUGCUGUUCCGAUGGCGCCAAUUGAUCAGAAUCGAUUGUCAGAAGAUGCGCCAGCUUUCCUUCACAUCGUUUCUGAUUUCAGAAUCAAAGCCAUCAUUGUGAACAGCGACGUUGAUCAUUUGAUGAAACAGAAAGUCGUUUCUCAGCAUAUCAAGCAAUCUGCCCAAGUCCUUCGUAUCGGGGUUCCGGCAAUCUACAACACUGCUAAGCCCCCUAAACAAUCGCACAGUUGUCGCGAUCUUGGAUUCACAAUGAAUAAGGCGUGGCUACUUCCCAGUCACCCUGCUGUCAUCUGGACCUACUGGACAGCUGAUCAGCGAAGAAUUUCGGUGCAGCUGAAUCACGAUACGCUUAUGGCAAUGUGCAAAGUACAGAAAGAAACCUGCCAAAUGACAAGCACAAGACCUGUCCUCGGAAGCGUGCGUAGCACGAUUGGGCUUGGCUUCGUACAUACAUGCUUAAUUGGGUGUUUUGUUGGAGCUCCGACGUAUCUGGUCUCACCCGUGGACUUUGCACAGAACCCAAUGUCUCUAUUUGUCGCGUUGUCAAGGUAUAAGAUCAAGGAUACAUACGCCACAGGCCAGAUGUUGGAGUAUGCGAUGAGUUCUAUAGCUGGAAAAGGGUUCAGUCUUCAGGAGCUUAAGAACUUGAUGAUUUCUACGGAUAAUAGGCCCAAGGUUGACAUGUACCAGAAAUUGCGCCUCCACUUUGCAGCAACUGCUCUCGAUCGAACCUCAAUCAAUACGAUCUACUCGCACGUUCUGAACCCAAUGGUUACUUCUCGUUCAUACAUGUGUAUAGAGCCUAUUGAAGUAUGGCUUGAUCUGCGCGCUCUUCGGCAAGGUCUCGUCUACCCCGUGGAUCCAGAUAUCGACCCCACUGCUCUGCGGUUACAGGACUCGGGCAUGGUCCCUGUCAACACACAGAUUGCAAUCGUCAACCCAGAAACGUGCACACUGUGUCACGUGGGUGAGUAUGGUGAAAUCUGGGUACAAUCGGAUGCAUGCGCAAAAUCCUUUUAUGGAAGCAAACAGGAAUUUGAUACCGAACGAUUCAAUGGUAGGCUAUUCGACGGGGACCCAUCGGUACAAUAUGUCCGCACUGGUGAUAUUGGAUUUCUCCAUACAGUUACCCGACCAAUUGGUCACGGUGGCCAGCCCGUGGAAAUGCAAGUUCUGUUCGUUCUGGGUGGUAUUGGAGAGACUUUUGAAAUCAAUGGGCUCAAUCAUUUCCCUGUUGAUAUUGAAACGUCGGUGGAGAAGUGCCAUCGUAGUAUUGUUCCCGGAGGAUGUGCUGUCUUUCAAGCUGGUGGGCUUGUCGUCAUCCUUGUUGAAGUCACCAGAAAGUCAUAUCUUGCCUCUCUGGUUCCUGUUAUCGUCAACGCUGUUCUUAAUGACCACCAGAUUGUUACCGAUAUCGUGGCUUUUGUCUCACAUGGAGACUUCCCUCGGUCUCGACUUGGAGAAAAGCAACGCGGUAAAAUUCUCGGUUCCUGGGUGACCAGAAAAAUGCGGACAAUUGCUCAGUUCAGCAUUCGCGAUGCAGAUGGGGGGACCGAUCCCCAACUGGCUGAACACGCUCGCAUGAGCAGAGUCUCAAAGGCUGGAAGUAUCAUGGGAAGCAGCUUGCGACAUUCAACUCUUGUCCCUGAUAGCGACUCUAGCACCCGUACUCCUGCGCUCCAUGAAGGCCGCGAACUUGUGGAUGAUCCGUACGAGGAUGAGGAAGAGAAGCAUUACCAAGAGCUACUCAAUAAUGCCGCUCUCGAGCCGACCAACAGCUUGUCCCCUCAACAAGAACCAGGAUACUCCCGCAUGGCGGAGCACUCACGUUCUCUUCCUCCUGUGAAUACAUCUAACUUGUCCAUCAAGUCCGACAACCCUACCCCUGUACUUACGCCAGACCAUGGCUUUGACUUUGGUACCGGCUUUGGGUCCCAAAAUGGCUCAGAAUUUCACGAAACUGUCGUGCCCUCUGUGGCUGUAGCACCUCCCUCGACUGCAGGCUCUCAAGAGUCACGACACUCGUACGCCCCGCUGCAAGUGCGAAACACCGAUCGGGAAUCUUUACCUAGCCGACAGUCACAGAAUUCUAUCCCAACCGGCGCAGGUGGGCCUCAAUCUUGGUUCAGCGGCCAUUCGAGCAGACCCGGCUCGGCCGAAGACUGGCCAGAAGAGGCUCUGCUGUACCAGUCUCACUUUGAUGGCUAUGCCUCGCACGGUCAUCGUGGUGGUCCCUCCAGGUAA